AAAGUGUUUUAUAAUUAGCAUUUGAUUUUUAUAAUUGGUGUCCAAAAUGUUAAAAAUAUUUUCAUCAAAACAAAAGAAACGUCAGCCGCCGGCUCCCAAUCCCUCUGAAGCCAUAAAUAGAAUACGUAACAUAGAGGAAAUGUUGAACAAAAAACAGGAUUAUCUGGAGUCGAAAAUUCAGACAGAGAUGGCUAUCAUCAGGAAAAACGGUACGAAAAACAAGAAGAUUUCAAUGCAGGCGCUGAAACGCAAGAAGCGAUUGGACGGCCAGUUGCAGCAAAUCGAUGGUACACUGACAACGCUGGAGUCGCAGCGGAUAUCCCUGGAAAAUGCCAACACCAACGUACAGGUGCUACAGUCGAUGAAGUACGGGGCGGAUGCCCUGAAACAGGCUCACACCAGGAUCGGCGAUGUGGACAACGUUCAGGACGUUAUGGACGAUAUUCGGGAACAGCAGGAAUUGGCCCAAGAGAUCGGCGAUUUGAUAUCCAAUCCGCUGGGUUUCGGUGGUCAGGAUAUCGGCGAUGAUGACGAUGAACUGCUCCGUGAACUCGAAGAUCUUGAACAACAAGAUUUAGACGAACAGCUCCUGAGUACCGAUGGGUUACCGUCGGUGCCAUCGACUAGUCUACAGAAGCCGUCGUCGUCGGUGUCGUCGUCGUCCAGAAAAACGGUGGCCAACGAUGAUAUGAAUAAGACAUUGAAACAGUUGGCCGAUUGGGCCGUUUGAU